CUCGGGUGCUCUUGUGAUCAUCUACCUACAAUCUUAACUGAAGCGUUAACAGCGACAGUCCGCGAGAUGAUCGUCUCCCUCAUCGGUCCACCGGGCCGAGUCACCGAUUGGGAUGAUAUAUUGUUGACAACGAGCAGAACCACGUUUUCCGCUCCCUGCUUAUCUCUGGCAAUCCACAAACUGCCAUGGCGACUGUAACGACUACCCAGAAUGGCACGCACAUCUCUCAACUGGAGGCUAUUCACCUCCGUCCAUUGAGCUCAGGCAAGGGUCUCGGCGAGUCGACUGUCCACGACCAGCCCGCCGUGGAAAAUGCCCUCGCCGAUGUGCCACCGCUGAAUGCCCAAACCCAGCUGGAGAGAUGGAAUUACCCAAAGGGCAAUGCUUCAAAGCUUGGGUUUGCAUUUUUGACCUUUGUUGUUGCUGGAAUGAACGAUGCUGCUGUUGGCGCUCUGAUCCCAUACCUCGAAAAAUACUACGACCUGAGUUACACCGUCGUUUCUCUCAUCUUCCUCACCCCCUUCGCGGGCUACUCUAUCGCCGCAUUCACCAAUGCCCGCAUCCACGUCAGAUUCGGCCAACGCGGAGUUGCCAUUAUGGGCCCGAUAUGCCACAUCAUCACCUUUGCCGCCCUGGCCGCUCACCCGCCAUACCCUGUCCUAGUCAUCUGCAACAUGAUCAGCGGCUUUGGUAACGGACUGUGCGACGCGUGCUUCUGUGCCUGGGUUGGCAACAUGGACAAGGCCAACACCAUCCAGGGGUUCAUGCACUCUUGUUAUUCAAUCGGUGCUUUGAUUGCUCCCCUUAUUGCUACUUCACUGGUGGUGACGUAUGAUUUACCUUGGUACACGUACUACUACAUCAUGGUCGGCAUUGCAGUUGUCGAGUUUAUCGGCACUAGUAUUAAUUUUUGGCACAAGACUGGCGCCGUCUACAAUGCCGAACACGCACAUGAGUCUUCGGGAGCUGGUACGAGAGAAGCCCUCAAGUCAAAAGUCACCUGGCUGGCUUCGCUUUUCUUCUUCGCGUACAUGGGCGUCGAGGUUGGUCUGGGGGGAUGGAUUGUUACUUUUAUGCUUAAAGUGCGAAACGCGUCCGCGUAUGCAUCAGGAGCGUCCGUCUCUGGCUUCUGGGCAGGCCAGGCUCUGGGGCGCGCUGUGCUCGGGUUUGUCACCGAACGGUAUGGCGAGCGGGUGUGCAUCACGAUAUAUCUCGGCCUCUGCAUCGGCCUCCAGCUUCUGUUCUGGCUUGUCCCCAAGUUUAUCGUGUCCGCCGUUGCCGUUGCGUUCCUGGGCUUCUUCUUGGGCCCCAUGUUCCCCGGAGCGGUCAUGGUGACGGCCAAGUUGCUCCCCAAGCAUAUCCAUGUGAGUGCCAUUGGGUUCGCGAUGGCCAUGGGAGGUACCGGCGGCACGGUAUUUCCCUUUGCAAUUGGUGCGAUUGCCGCAAGUAAGGGUGUUGCGGUGCUGCAGCCUAUUGUCUUGGCCUUGAUUGUUGUACUUGGAUUGGUAUGGUUGAGUUUUCCCCGGAUUCAAAAGAAGGACUAGGCGGUAUUUUUAUCAGGAGUGGGCUGCAUCAUCUUGUUUGUUCUUGUGUCGUACACCUGGGGUGUUGCGCAAGCCGCAUUGCGGGUGACACAUUUGUUGGUAGCACCAAGUGGAUCAAGGGACGCCGGCCCUUGACAUACAGAUAAGAGCUCUCACUGGCUGGUGUCGGCUUGGGAGGAGUGAAUUUAUUUCGUGUAACUGGUUGUUGUUGUGCUGGGGUACAAAACUUGGAGCGAUGGCCGUCAAUUCUGUCCGGGAUGUACGAGGGCCAGUUCUGAGCCGCUUGGGCAAAUGCGACGGGC